AUGGCCGCGUCCCCGGGACACCGCGGGCUGCGCCGGCGGCGAGGCACCGGGCCUGGCACUGGGGCACGGCGGGGUCAGUCCGGGCUGGGGGGCUGCCAGCGGCACCUCCGUCGUGCCAGGGAGCGCCGGGGCCGAUCGUGCCGUGCGGGUCCCGGGGGUCUGGCCGAGCCGUGCGGGUCCCGGGGGUCUGGCCGAGCCAUGCCGUGCGGGUCCCGGGGGCCGUGCCGGGCCGUGCCGUGCGGGACCAGCCCGGGAGCGGCGCUGGCGCUGCGGGUCCUGGUGCUGUGCGCGGCGCUGUGCGCGGGCCCGGUGCGGGCGCGGCCGCCUCCCUUCCCCUUCUGGGACCCCUCGCUGCCCUGGCACCGCCGCCUCGACGACCUGCUGGGCCGGCUGAGCCCCGCCGAGCUGGUGCUGCAGGUGGCGAGGGGGGGAGCGAUGCGCAACGGCCCCGCGCCCCCCAUCCCGCGGUUGGGCAUCGCGCCCUACAACUGGAACACGGAGUGUCUGCGGGGCGACGCCAAGGCGCCCGGGUGGGCCACGGCCUUCCCGCAGGCGCUGGGGCUCGCUGCCACCUUCAGCCCUGAGCUCAUCUACCGGGUGGCCAACGCCACGGCCACCGAGGUGAGAGCCAAGCACAACGACUUCGCCGCCACCGGCCGCUACGGGGACCACACCGGGCUCAGCUGCUUCAGCCCCGUCCUGAACAUCAUGAGGCACCCGCUGUGGGGCAGGAACCAGGAGACCUACGGGGAGGACCCGUUCCUGAGCGGGGAGCUGGGCCGCAGCUUCGUGCAGGGGCUGCAGGGCCAGCACCCCCGCUACAUCAAGGCCAGCGCCGGCUGCAAACACUUCAGCGUGCACGGGGGCCCUGAGAACAUCCCCCAAUCCAGGCUCAGCUUUGACGCCAAGGUGCUGGAGCGGGACUGGCGCAUGACCUUCCUGCCCCAGUUCCAGGCGUGUGUCCGUGCUGGCUCCUACAGCUUCAUGUGCAGCUACAACAGGAUCAACGGCGUUCCCGCCUGUGCCAACAAGAAGCUGCUGACGGACAUCCUGCGUGGCGAGUGGGGCUUCGAGGGGUACGUGGUGAGCGACGAGGGGGCCCUGGAGCUCAUCAUGCUGGGGCACCACUACACACACACCUUCCUGGAGACGGCAGUCGCCUCAGUCAACGCUGGCUGCAACCUGGAGCUCUCCUAUGGCAUGAGGAACAACAUCUUCAUGCACAUCCCUCAGGCUCUGGCCAUGGGCAACAUCACUCUGCAGACGCUGCGUGACCGAGUCCGGCCCCUCUUCUACACACGGAUGCGACUGGGGGAGUUCGACCCCCCAGACAUGAACCCCUACAGUGCCCUGGACCUGAGCGUGGUGCAGAGCCCUGAGCACCGCAACCUCUCGCUGGAAGCCGCUGUCAAGAGCUUUGUGCUGCUGAAGAACAUCCGGGGGACGCUGCCCCUGCGGGCCCGGGACCUGCCUGGCCAGCGCCUCGCGGUGGUGGGUCCCUUCGCCGACAACCCCAGGGUGCUGUUCGGGGACUACGCGCCGGUGCCAGAGCCUCAGUACAUCCACACCCCCCGGAGGGGGCUGGAGACACUGGGGGCCAACGUCAGCUUCGCGGCGGGCUGCGGCGAGCCCCGGUGCCGGCGCUACUCCCGGGCACAGGUGGUGGGGGCAGUGAGGGCGGCCGACGUGGUCGUGGUCUGCCUGGGCACAGGGGUGGAUGUGGAGACAGAGGCGAAGGACCGGAGCGACCUGUCCCUGCCGGGCUACCAGCUGGAGCUGCUGCAGGACGCCGUGCAGGCAGCCGCCGGGCGCCCCGUCAUCCUGCUGCUGUUCAACGCGGGGCCCCUGGACGUGGGCUGGGCGCAGGCACACGACGGGGUGGGGGCCAUCCUGGCCUGCUUCUUCCCUGCCCAGGCCACCGGCCUGGCCAUCACCAGGGUCCUGCUGGGCGAGGCGGGGGCCAGCCCAGCCGGGCGGCUGCCGGCCACGUGGCCCGCGGGCAUGCACCAGGUGCCGCCGAUGGAGAACUACACCAUGGAGGGACGGACGUACCGGUACUACGGGCAGGAGGCCCCGCUCUACCCCUUCGGGUACGGGCUCUCCUACACCACCUUCCACUAUCGGGACCUGGUGCUGAGCCCCCCGGUGCUGCCCAUCUGUGCCAACCUCACCGUGUCUGUGGUGCUGGAGAACACGGGGCCGCGCGACAGUGAGGAGGUGGUGCAGCUGUACCUGCGCUGGGAGCAGUCGUCCGUGCCGGUGCCGCGCUGGCAGCUGGUGGCUUUCCGGCGCGUGGCCGUGCCGGCCGGCCGGGAGACCAAGCUGUCCUUCCAGGUGCUGGCCGAGCAGCGCGCGGUGUGGGCGCGGGACUGGCUCCUGGAGCCCGGCGCCUUCACCCUCUUUGCCGGGGGGCAGCAGCCGGGCCAGCGGACGCGGGCGCCCUCGGAGGUGCUGAGCGCGCGGUUCGGCGUCACCGGCACGGCACGGCCCCUGAGCGGGUGCUGACAGUGAGGUGGCAGCGGGGUGGUGGCCGAGGGAAGGGGUGCGAGGUGUGCCACGGGGAGCUCGGGGGUUGUCUGCCCCGCAAUAAAGUGCUGGUGCUCCGCGGCGGCUUCGUGGGGCCUCCUCC